AUGCAGGCGCUUGCCGUUCUUCUCCUUCUGUCUUUGACCCUUUCUGUCUCCCACGUCGAAUACUAUUCCAUUACGCGAGACAACAGAAUUCUUCCUGGCGUUGAUCCAGAGGGGGCAGCUUCUAUUAAGCUCCAGGACCGGAAGUUUGAGUUCGGCUACACGUAUGCGGUGAUCAAGACUAAUCCCGACAUCCCUGACUAUGAGCAAGCAUAUGCGGCCGGAUAUCUCGAAGGGUACACCAUGGGGCCUCACAUAUACCAUCUCAUGAAUAACGUGCUCGAGGAUAGCUUCGAUGGCGAAUUCCCCGUGGAGUUUUAUACUUACACACAGAAAAACCUUGCAUAUAUCAAGGAGCAGGUCAACGUUAACACUAGCGUCUUUUGGCACGCAGUCAAUCUGACCGCCUGCAACUGGCUUCAGGGUCUUACUCACGGAUACACGAGAUACGCAAACGAAGAGAAGAUUCGUCCUUACACUAUAGAGGAGUUCUUCAUGUAUAAUUCUGUGGGAGACUGGGAGGACUUGGAGGCAGUCCUUAUUGUCGAACCUACACGCCGCGAAAAGAUGCUCCAGCGUCGGCGAGAGCGCAUUGAACUUGGACAGCACCACCAUUGUUCUGCCGCUGUCCGCAUGUCUCCUGACCUGUCGGAUGUCUUCUUCUCUCAUGACACAUGGACGAGUUUCGGAUCCGGGUUUAACAGGGCUAUGAAGCAUUACCACUUCCACUGGGACCUUGGAGAAUCUCAGCACCAGAAAGUAAGCUUUUCGUCGAUGCCUGGUUACUUCUCGUCCAUAGACGACUUCUAUAUCCAGUCCGUCACAUCUGCGACAGGAAGAAAAUCUAAUGUAGCUGUGUUGGAAACGACCUAUCACACAUUCAACACAACCCUAUAUGAUGAGUUUCUACGCACGGAUGGAUCGGUAGUGUUGACAUGGAUGAGAAGUCAGAUAGCGAAUAUGAUGGCAUUUUCAGCAGACCAGUGGUCAGAAGUGUUCAAUAAUGAGAACUCUUACACGUACAACAACAUGUGGGUCAGCCUCGACUACGGAUUAUUCGAUCUUCUAUCUGAGGCAACAGUGAACAUGACAAUAGAGGAGAAAAAGGACUAUAUUCUCCAUUAUGGGAAGCCACUGCUGUAUGUUAACGAGGUUGUUCCAGGGCACAUAAAAGCCUAUGAUGUCACAGAGAUGCUCCUGAAUGAUGGCUACUUCUUUUCAAUCAACACGCCCAUGGACGAGGAGCUGUUUGUUAUCUCUGGAUAUGCGGCGAAGAACGACCCUUACUGGAGUUUUAAUGAGUCGUCCAGAUAUAAAAUCUUCACUAGAGAACUCCCGAAGGUGGACAACUUUGAAGACUUCAAGCUUCUUAUGCGAUAUAAUGACUAUCUGAAUGAUGAUGCAUCCAACAAGGAUCCCGGCCAAUCCAUCGCUUCGCGCUACGACCUAAGAGACCCGUUACUUUGUGGGAGGUCACCAUCCAUUUUCGGAUGCACAGAUUCCAAGGCAACAGACGCAAAGCUUGCGGCCCAAUUGGCAUUUGAUGUGGUCGUCGGUCCAACACGCGGUAGAGAUGGCCUCCUCCCCCUGUUCAACUUCUCUCAGCACCCCGGGGUCCCACGACACGGAGUACCGGAUACUCUUCCAGACAGGUGGAGCAUAUAUCUCCCCAUGUUCGUCGAAGACAUCUUGCAAAACAAUUGGGAGUGA